AGGUGUAGCUAGAUUGUUUUGAGAAAUGAGUUGAGUUUAAUGCUUUGCUAGCCAACAGUUAGCCUUCAAUCUACUCUCAGCGACAGACAGUCUCAGAAAUGCUGAGGCUUGAGGACUUUCACGGGAGGGAUUUACGGUCCAACUGUUAAAUGUGUUGACUGGUUCCUUAUCAAACAGGCAACUGUUCAGACAGGAUGCCAGAGAUGACUGAAACUCAGACACCUGGUCGUAAACCCAAAAAGAAGAAAAACAAAGAAUCUCACAAUGCAGUUGAGAGACACAGAAAAGAGAAGAUUAAUGCUGGGAUUAACCGCAUUGGUAAUCUACUCCCCUGUUCCAAGGCACUCAAACAGAGUAAGAACAUGAUCUUGGAUCAGGCCCAUCGUUACAUCACUGAACUGAAGAAACAAAAUGAUACAUUGCUUCUGGAAGGAGGAGAUAAAGUCCAAGCGGAGGAGAUCCGUCGGCUGCGGCGUCAGAUGGAGGAGCUGAGGAGGGAGAGUGCUCAGUACAUCGAGCUCCUUAAAGCCCAUGAUAUUAACAUUUUAGAAGACCCCACUAUUCACUGGAAGGGCAAACAGCGUUGCACCAAGGUGGCAACGGUGACCCCCACUCACCAACUCCCAAAAGGGAUUGUCGUCUACUCCAGUGGCAUUGUAAAGUGCCAAGAAGGAAAGGAGACUAGCCCAACAAAACAGCCUUCUGAAACAUUGAUUCUUCAGCCGCCUUCAGAGGUCAGUGCCAGGUUGAGAGUUAACGGAGCCCUGUUGCAAGUUAAUACCUCUUCUUCCACCCCUACACUUCUCCCUGGGUCGAUGGCCACACCCAACCAGUCUACAACAGGUCUGAGAAUGAUAGAGCAGUGUGUGGUCGAGACACCGGCUGCAGCCCCCACUCUUCCACCCUCAGUGUCUUACAUCACCCUCCAGAUCCCAGCAGCCACCACAGCCCUUUCCCAACAACCACAACCUGCCGCCCCAGUCCCGACCCUCACCAUAGCAGUCACAUCAGCGUCACAGCUCCCCACUGAAAGCCCUGCGCAGCCCUUGUCCAAUCUGACCACACUCACCCAGGCUAUAGCUACAUCCAGAGCAGCAACCUCAGAGGUUUGUUCAUGGGCCCCACAGGAUGCUGCCAUGAGGACUGUAAGUUACACUGCUAUCCACAACAGCCAAGCCCUUCUUAGGGCUGGGGCGGCAGGCAGCACACAGACGACCUGGACAACGCUGCAGAUGGCGGGAAACACAGUGCAGCCAGUCUGCCAGAGUCUCCCCACCCCAGAGGUCAUCAAUACCACUCAGACUGUCCAGCAGGUGACUGUGUGUCCAAUGGGACACGCACCCUCUGUUCAGCCCAUUCAAAUACAGAUGCAACCACAUGUGCCCGUUCAGCAAGCACCCACUACAGCACACAUUCAAGCACAGCCCUUUCAGAGACCAACCCAGCUACGGCCAGCAAUCCUGAAUCAAGUAAAGCCUCAGCCCGUUCUAGCCCCCCAACCACAGUGUGCUGUUCUCUCCCAGUCAGCCAUAGUACCCCAGCCAGCUGUGGUGUCCCACUCUGCCGUCGUGCCGUCGCAGCCCCAGUCUGUUGUACUUAAACCAGCGUCAUUGGUUCCCCAUCAUCCGACCACCCUCAUGCCUCAGCCUCAGCACAUCCCUCAGCCAGCCCUGGUGCCCCAGCCACAGACCACUGUGCUGCCCCUCCUUCAGACCAUGCAGGUGCUGCAGGUCAACCCAACUGGAGGGACAGCCUCAGGUGUAACAGCCCAGCAGAACACUAACAACCCAAGUGUGGUCAUCCUGCAACAGGCCAGUUCUUGUCCAACCCAGUCAGUUGUAAGGGAGGAAAUAACAAAUCAGCAACCAUGUCAACAUAUUGUAAUCAUCCAGGCACCCAAUCAAAUUGCUCCUACCCCUCAGAAUCCUCAGGUUGGCAUGGUGCCUGCCGCUGUUCCCAUUGCAGUACCUGUUGUGUCCACUCAGAUAUCCACAACCAGUAGUUCAACAUCUGCCACUUCCUUACAGAGUGUAGGGGGAAAGCAACUGGUGCACAUUCUCCCACGUCCUGUUCAGCCUCAUGUGAACCAUCCUCUUCAGGUCACACAGGCCUCCUCUUCACCACCGGUUCCUUCAACCCCACAGACGAUCACUGUGAAUGGCCAGGUGUUUGCUUUGCAGCCCAUGAAGACCUCUGACAAAUCCAGUUCCCAUGCUGGCCAGAGUACACUCCAGCUGGUCCAGCCCACCACCACUGAGGAACCAACUACUAAUGUGGCCCUCAACAGUUUAGGUGCACUCAGCAGUCUCAAUCAGAGCAUCUCUCAGGGCCUUCCACUUACCAUUUCUAGCCAGACUAAUGGUCAGCUUCCAGCUGCUCAAUUAUCAGUAGUCCAACAGAAGCAGCCUCUGGCAUCUGUCCCUGGAACCGCACUUGCUCUGCCGGCCCGGCAGCUACAAGUGCCUUCUGUCAACCCAGUCAAGUCAGGGUUGGUGGGUAAUGCCUCAAAAAGUCGAGGAAAGAGGCUUCGCACAACUUUGAAUACAAAGAGGGCGACAGCUAAAAGGACUAAACCAACCAAAAAGAAAGAGCUCAGUGAGGCACCACAUGUCAUUGCCGUUUCAGUCAAGCCUGUGGUAGCUGCAGGAGAAAGUCAGACAGAUAAAGUUUCAGUAUCUGAAGUUUUACAGUCCUCGACAGUAAAAGUCAUGGACAUUCCCCCUACUUGUACCACAGCUGUCACAACGACAGAUGGCAGUGAAGCUGUAGGGAAUAUCACCUCUACACAAAACACUCCGAUAAUGAUUGUGUGUAGUUCAUCGAGUGAUUCAACUGUAUUUAGGCAAUCCCAUCCACAGAGCAAAAGCUCCGUCAGUGAAACUCGGUCUGAUGUUGUGCUCGGUAACACUAGUGGUGUGGCAACUGCAGUUACAACUAUCAAUGCCACAUCAGUCAAGCCAACAGUUAGUGCAGCUAUGGCCAUUGAGAGUAAACCAUCCAUAGUUGCUGGCAAUAACUCAGCUUUAACCAAACUCUUAGUUCCAGAGGUUAAACAGCCAACAACUAGUUCAGCAACUAGCAUGACACAAAGUAAGUCAGCUGCCACCACUUCUGUUUCUAAACAGAGCAAAUCUGUGGUCAGUUCUGAAGGUGCCACUGAGACUCUGUACACUCCCACCACUGUUUCUACUGCAUGCCUGACGCCAGUCUGCACCAGCAGUAUCCCAGAAACUGCACCAGUAUCUUUAAAUCAGUCUACCCAAACAACUUGUAUGACAGUAUGUCGUCCCCACCAGGUAUCUAAUGCCCAAGAUCCUCUGCCCUGUAAUAAACCUCAGUCACAGCCCACCACUUUACCCUUGGUGUCCACAACUGUGGCGCUCUCAUUACCUGCAGCUAGUUUUUCUGCAGCCCACAGCUCUGUUACAGCCCCUACAACAAGCUCAGAGUUUAGGAAAAGGGGCACUACCAGUAGAGCCCCAACACAACAGACUAUUGUGAAUAUUCCCCACCCAUCACCCUGUCACCCUGUUGAAAUCAAACCACCUCAGCCUCCUCGAAGAGAUAGGGAGUCUCAGGUAGAGAGACACUCUACUGCAGCAGAGAAAGACCGCUUGGUGGCAGCAACUUCUGGCACUCCCUCUAGAAAGGACUUUGCCCUAUCUCAACAGGUGUACACUAACCUUGACGAUCAAACUAUAGAGCAACCUUUGACAGCAAGCAGACAGACAGAUUCUCCCAUGUCUUCAGGGGCUGGUGGAGGCAGAGGGUUCUCUGUGGCAUCCAUGCUUCCCCAGGGCCACACUAUCAGUGCGUCAUCUGGCUCCUUUGGAACAUUUACAUUCACAUCUGAGCAGGCAGAAAUGCUGGCCUUGGCCAUGCUAGAACAGGACAGUCCAGGAAGGCGGAGUGGAAGCUGCUCUGGCAACACUGCUUCAACAAACCCCACAGCAGCCACAUGGGAGCAACCAAAAGCCCCAAUGGUGUCGAACAGUAAAGAAAGGGGUUCAACUGGACAGCAAGCAAAAGUGACUAAACCCACGGACACAGUAACAGUUAAACCCACUGUCCAGGUAUCUGUCAGAGGACAUGCUGAGGAGGUGCCCAAUGGAAGCAGACAUCCACAAAACAUCUCAUACUCUCAGUCUCUCUCCCAUGUUCAGUCUCAGAGCUCAUCCCAGAGCGGCACCGUGGCUAGCCUCAGCGUUAACAACCUGAUCAGGCCCAGCUCCAGUCAGCAACCCUACCCUGGCUCUCCCAGUCUUGCUCUCCAACAGGGCUCAGUUCCCUCACCUGUAGGGAGCUCAGCCCACAUAUCCCAACCCCCAAACCACACCAUCUCCCCUUGCUCAGGUGCAGCCCAACUGAAUGAGUACACCCCCUUAAAGACUGCGUUAAUGAGGGCUCAGACUGGAGUUGGUGUAGGUGAGCGACAAGUGAAGAUCAUCUCCAAACGGCAGGCCCAGGACGAGGUGAUGCUAAACACUGGAAAACGGCCCAAGCCUUGCCCCCCUCCAUCAGCUACCACUGUUAGCCAUAUGGACCUGAAAGCACCAGACCACAGCCAGAUGAUGGUGGGACAGCUGCCCUCCACACCCUCAGCUGUCAUGAUGGGGAUUAAUUCAGAAAAUGGAGGCCACCUCUUCUCCACAAACUCUUUUAUGAGCCCAGUAGUUCGGCCCACAGAUGGCCACUGCCCUCCUCAAGGACCCCUUGAGCAGAACCAGCCAGGUGUACUUCAUCUGCCCCAGGGUCAUCCACAGCAUGCUGCAACCCAGCCUGGCCAGCACCUGGGAGGAAACCCGUACAUUAAACAGCAGCAGCAAGAGCAACAGAGACACCAUCUGUAUCAUUUGCAACACCACCUGACACAGCCUGACCCCGCACAGCACCACUCACUACACCAGAGGGCGCUUCAGCAGCAGCAGCAACAGCAGCAGCAGCAGCAGCAACAACAACAACAGCAGCAACAGCAGCAACAACAACAACAGCAGCAACAGCAGCAGCAGCAACAGCAGCAGCAGCAACAGCAGCAGCAUGUGCAGAAGAAGCGAGGGCUUGUCAGAGGCAGUCAGACUGGGUCACCUGUUGGCCUGCAACAGAAGCAGCACCACCUGGAGAAGUCUGGAGUUCAGCAGCAGCACUCGCAUCAACAACAACAGACGCAGCAUCAACCCCACACGCAGCAGCAGCAUCAACAGUCUCACCAACAAUCACAGCAGCAUCAACACCAACAGGCUCAUCCCCAACAGCACCAACAGCAAACGCAUCAACAGCAGCCACUGCCGCAGCAGCAUCAACAACACCAACAACAGCAGCAGCAGCAGUUACAGCAGCAGCAGAGCUCCCACUCCAGACACCAGCAGCAUCUACAGCAGCAGAUCCAACAGCAGCAGCAGCAGCAGCAGCACUUUAGACACCAGGAGAAGAGUUGUGAAGCCCUGGCAGUGGGAUCCAGGGUCCACCACAGCGGCCACCUGGGCCAGCAGGAUCACCUCAAGCCUGGUCAAGACCAUAACGCUAUGCAGAGGAUGAUGAGCACUAGGACUCUGGAGCAGCAGCUCAUCCCUCCUCCCAGCAAUCCUGUGUCCCGGUCGUCGGACCUGGCCUGCGCUCCGUCACGACAGGAACGUCACCGUGUUUCCAGCUACUCUGCCGAGGCGCUCAUCGGUAAAAGUUCCACCAGUGGUGAACAGCAACAGCGCAUGGGUCUCCACCUUCAGCCUGGCCGCGGUGCCACACAGGAGCAGCCAGACCUCCGCGGUUAUCUGGACACAUCGCGAGGGAAGGCCGGCAUUGCACACAACCCACAGAAUCGCUUGCCCGCUGACCAUCCAGGAUCUGCUGAUGUUCAGCGGGUGUCAGAGUGUCCGCCAUUCAAAACCAUGGGAGGAGUGCAUCAACUCGGUGGCUUUGAGGCUCAGGUGUCUCGUGGGAGCGACAUGGUCGCCAAGUCAGUGCCGUCCUCCCAGAGGGGCCCUCAGGGGCAGCAACAAGGCGGGUUUAGGAUGGGUGUUGGCCCUCCACCAGAUGGCCGUAACCGCUACAGUGCAGCUCAUCCCGGCUCACAGGGAGUACAAGUUGGCCUCCCCCGGGAGCAGGAAGGUUGUCACCAGAGUUUCAUGCAAAGCCUUCUUUCACCCCACCUGCCUGAGCAGAGCAACCACCAGCGAGCAGUGCAGUGCUGUCCCCCGGUCAGCAUGGAGUACAGCUGUCUGCCUGGAAGCUCCUCAGGAGACCUACAGGCCAAGGCCUCCAGCCCCAGUGGGCCCCAGACACAGAAGGCCCCAUCUAUGCGGCUUGGAGAGGGCAACAAGGGCCAUAUUUCUCAGGUCAGCAGUAAUAUGCAUGGAGGCCCAGGUGUACGUACAGGUCUCCCCCACCCUCUAACCCCACACAGCAGCUCUGAGCCAGGCCGCUCCUCUGCCCCCUCCAGACCACCCACUGCUGUGAACCAGCACUCUCGCCACCUUGGCCGAGAUACUCAGCCCACCAAGCUGAGACCUGGUGACCGGCCUCGAUCAGGUACUCUGAGACAGAGCAACCCCUUUGAGCCUGAGGGCCACCUGCCUCUGCCGUCAGGCGGAGGGGUGCUGCUGAGCAGACCACAGUCUGGGGGAGAGGCACGACGCAGCACUAUCGUUCGCUUUAUGGCAGAUACUGCUCAGGUUCCUAGCGACAACAACCUGGUUCCUGACCAACACUUAACACAAAACUUUGGUUUCCCCUUUAUUCCAGAAGGAGGGAUGAAUCCUCCCCCUCCCAUCAAUGCUAACUCCACAUUCAUCCCUCCAGUCAGCCAGCCCAAUGCCUCCCGUACGCCGUCCCUUCUGCCUGUGGAGCCCCAAAACACUUUACCCUCCUUCUACCCUUCUUAUUCUCCAGCUGCUCACCCCAGCCUUCCCAGCGAUGUCACCCUCCAGUACUUUCCCAACCAAAUGUUUACCAGCCCAAAUGCCGACAAGGGCAGCGCUCCCCCACUUAAUAACCGCUUCGGCUCUAUCCUUUCCCCACCUCGCCCAGUGGGGUUUGGCCAGGCCAGCUUCCCCUUGCUUCCAGAUAUGCCCCCUAUGCCCAUUGCCAACUCAUCUGGAAUCACUCCCCACAUAUCCAACUUCAGCCUCACCUCCCUGUUCCCCGAGAUCGCCACCGGCAUGCCCACUGAUGCGUCGGCCAUGCCAAUGUCUCCCCUGCUGUCUCUCUCCAACACCUCGGCUUCUGACACUGGCAAGCAGCCCAACCGUCCCGCCCACAACAUCAGCCACAUUCUGGGCCAUGACGGCAGCUCAGCCGUGUGAGAAGAGGUCCUGUUGCACUUGAUGUAAAAGUGGUGGUGAAGCACCUGAUGACGGUUUUAGCUAAAAUGACACGUCUGUCCGAUUGUUUACAUGUUCAGUUUCAAUCUUGGAUUUGUUCCACCUGGCAUACGUAUGCCAACGUUAUCAUUUGUAAUCCAAAAUCUUUCGAAUUGAAGGUGACAUGAAAAUAUAUUUCUUUAAAGCUCUGUGUUGGUUAAACCAACUGUUUGGUAGUAAAACUAAAUGUUUAGAGCUUGAAUUUAAUGUAUUGUGGGUCAUUAAGAAACCUGCAGUUACCCACCAAUGUAAAUUUACUAACUUAUAUCAGGUUGUAUUGUACAGAAUCAGUUUUUUUUUCCAAGAUCUAUUUUGUAAAUACCAGGGUUUCAUAUCAGAAUUGUUAAAUUGUAUGUAUUUGUAAAUACAAAAUGGAUUAAUAAAGUUUAUAAGGAGACGUUUGUAUCUGCUGCCAACU